AUGCCCACGUUUAGGAAAUCAGAGUAUUCAUUCGAUUGUUCUCACGUAGAUGGAACUGAUGAAUUCCGGAAUGCCGCACGAUCCCCGACGGCAGCCAGGACAACAACAACCACAAAACCAUGCCUGGUUAAAAUUGCAAGAAAUUGUCCGAUUCAAGUUGGGAAAGUUAAUCACACAAAAUUGACUGCGAUCACAAACUACAUCCUAGAACGGUAUUGGUCAUGCAGGAAAGUGAUUCACGAGUGGCUAAUUUUUUUGGUCGCUUGCUUUUUCCGCAACGAGAAUGUCCGGUCCACACAGUCACGCCUGAUCGUAUUAGGCGUUGGACAGAUGCGUACGGGGACGUCCAGUUUGAAGCGUGCUUUAGAGAUACUCUACAACAAACCUUGUUAUCAUAUGAUGGACGUGGCAUUUUUACACAAACAACGACACAUUUCCAAAUGGCUGGACGCUUUAGAGCAGCUGAGGGAGUCCAAGAAAAAAACGCCGGACCACGACAAACUGCUCAUGAAAGAGUUUUGGCAACCAAUCUACGACCAAUACGUCGGAGCCGUGGACUACCCGUCGUGUGUAUUCUACAAAUAUCUUAUGAAGGUUUAUCCUGAGGCCAAGUGUAUACUGACCCUGAGGAAUCCAGAUGACUGGGUUAAAAGUUGUCGGGCUACAACCAUGUGUGAAAAUAUGUUGCGCCAGCCAAGUGUGGGAGAUCUUAUAUACGCUCAUUUCCGCGGAAUCCCUGACCUGUCCACUUUACACCACCGAAUGUUUGAGGCAGCCUUGGGACCGACCUUUGCUACCAUGUCCGAUGACCAGUUGAGAGACGCCUACUGUGAAUGGAAUCAACAAGUAAUCAGUGAGAUUCCGCCUGACCGGUUACUUCUGUUCGAUCCUCAGCAGGGUUGGGAACCGCUGUGUCAGUUCCUUGGGGUUCCACGACCUCCAGUCACUGUACCAUUUCCACACCUCAACAAACGCGAAGAAAUGAGGCUCCGAUUAGAAGACUUCUACUGGAGAGGUAGAUUUUGUAAUUACCUUGUAUUUACUUCACUUGUUCUAUUUGUUUUUGGUGUACUUUGCCCACUUUCCGCCUGGAAGUGUUUUUAUGCAGUGAAGACAUUUUUGUACAGUUCAGCCAAUUAA